ACCAUCAGACAGGGAUGAUGACUAUCAGUGUCUUCUUGCUCCUCGUACGUCAGUGAAAUAGAAACAACUCUUGUUUUUUAUAUUUUUACUAUUUUUUUUUCUGUAAUUAAGUUAUAGAGGUUUUGUAAAUCAUGAUUAAGAUACUGAGUUUGUUACUAGCGUCAGGGAUGUGUAGCGCGGUGCUGAUAGGGCACAACGGCGGGCACGGUAAUUUCUAUCCUGACUACUCUGGCUACGAAGGAGUAAGCAACGAUUACGAAGGACAUCACGUUCUACCGACAGUUUCAGUCCCAAUUCACGCCGUUUCAGCAGCUCCCUUCCACGCUGUCAAUCAUCACGAUAUUCAUCACCACGAUCUCCACCCACAUCACGCUCCUAUUGAGCAUCAUGCUCCUAUUGAGCAUCACGCUCCUAUUGAGCAUCACGAUCAUAGCGAAGAUCAUGACUACUAUUCACACCCAAAAUAUACUUUCAACUACGGAGUACAUGAUCCACAUACCGGAGACGUUAAAACACAACAUGAAAUACGUGACGGCGAUGUUGUACACGGUUCUUACAGCGUUAAUGAGCCCGACGGCAGUGUAAGGAUCGUCGAGUACACAGCGGAUGAUCACAACGGUUUCAACGCGGUUGUUAAGAAAGUUGAGCCUUCUUUGCACCCGGCACCUCAUCAUCAUACUGUCGCUCAUCAUCAUCCAGCUCCUGCGCCAGUUCAUAUCGGGAAAUACGUGUCCGCGGGUCCCGAUUACUACGGCUAUGAAUUUGAUAAACAUCACUUAAUAUAAUUAUUAUAAACAUAUUUAUUUUAUAUGUUUAUAAAUAUUAUCUUAUUUAAGUAUUUCUUAGAGCUUAAUUAAUAACUAAUGUAAAAAAUUUUAAAAAUCAGACGGCUAAUGUACUUCCGGAGAUGAAGAAAAUCUCAUAAGAACAUGUGCAAUCUUAUUAUACGACUCAAUGCCAAUGAAAAGUUUGUUUUGAGAAUUUACUAAUUAAUAGUAUUUCUUUUUUAUUUUAUUUUUAGGCUACUUCCAAAAUGUGUUCCAAUAUUUUUUUAUGAAAAGUUUUUUUUUUAUUGUAUAUUCGUGUUAUUUUUUACUUUUUCAUGUAUAUUGUAUGAAUAAAAAGAAGUAUGAUA